AGACCGCCAGGGGGCCCCGCCAUUUCUUGUUUAUCGUCUCGACUCUCGAGUGCGGGCACGCCGGACACGCAAUUUGGUAAAUGGUAAAUCCGCUGAGAAACUCGUUCGGAACUCGGACGACACGACGGUAAAUGGCCCUGGCCAGCCGGUAGACACGAGCGAACUUGGUGGAAUCCAAUCAUCGUCGUUGGCCGACCGAUCCGACGAUUCCGACGACGGUCUCGUGGUCGCUCGAUGAGUCACCGGUAACCCCGGCAGCACGGCAGCUUCUUUUUUCCUUCCCUCUCUUCUUCCCUGCAAGUGACAGAAGGUCGAGUUGCUCGGUUGCUGAUUCCAUGGAGACGUUCAUAGAAAAAACAGUGCAACAGAAAAGCGAGAGAGAGAGAGAAAGAGAGAAGAAAUAGGAGAACAGAUACAGAGACGACAGAGACAGAGGGAGAACUCCCACUGCAGCUGCGAGAUCGGAGCGAUUGGGCACGAUCGGAUGCGCCCGAGCCCCCAUCUCUGCCGGGCGCGCCUCUCGCCGGAACGUUCAAUGCUGAACGCACGCACACACACCGUAUACACAGCGGCGGGAUCGUGCGGACACAGAGAAAUGAAGAAUAUUCUCCUAAAUAUAUCGGCCACUUUUUGGUCGCCGGACAUUUGGUUACCUUCCAACAUUACAUGGGAGGAUAUCAGUCCGAAUGCAGACAAUAAGUAUGCGAAUUAUCAGCAUUUAAUAUUUCCGCUGCCCAUGGCAUUUGUUCUUCUAGGAAUGAGAUAUACUCUUGAAAGAUUAUUACACUUUUUAAUUAGGUAUUGGUUCGCUCCCUUUGGAAGAUCACUUAGUAUAAAAAAUACUAGAAGCAAAAGGGCAGCACCCAAUGAGAUAUUAGAAAAAGCAUAUCUUAGUAAGAAAACUAAGCGUAAACAGAUUUUGGCAUUGGCUAAACAAUUAGACUGGUCUGAAAGACAAGUGGAGAGAUGGCUUCGGCUGCGUCGCUCUCAAGACAAGCCGUCUACUCUUACAAAAUUCUGUGAAAGUUGUUGGAGAUGUUUUUAUUAUACGUACUCGUUCUUCUAUGGCCUUGUUGUCCUAUGGGAUAAACCGUGGCUCUGGGACAUAAAGCAUUGUUAUUACAAUUACCCCUAUCAUCCUGUUACCAGUGAUAUAUGGUGGUAUUACAUGAUAUCAAUGGCAUUUUACUGGGCAUUAAGCUUCUCUCAAUUCUUCGAUGUGAGAAGGAAAGAUUUCUGGCAGAUGUUUAUUCAUCACAUAGCCACAAUUUCACUUAUGUGUUUCUCGUGGGUUGGAAACCUAACUAGGAUCGGCAGUCUGGUCUUGCUUGUGCACGAUUCCGCGGAUAUAUUCUUGGAGGCGGCAAAAAUAUCCAAGUAUGCAAAUUAUCAGAAAAUUUGUGAUUGUAUAUUCGUCGUGUUUACAAUUCUCUGGAUUGGAACGCGUAUUGGUGUGUAUCCAUUUUGGAUAAUUUAUAGCACAUCUAUAGAAGCGCCUAAGAUAGUACCGAUGUUCCCUGCGUAUUAUAUCUUUAAUUCUUUAUUAAUCUUACUACUGCUUCUCCACGCAAUUUGGACUUAUGUAAUCCUUCAGAUCGCAUACCGUGCUUUCAAUGCUGGUCAGAUGGAGGGUGAUAUUCGCAGUAAUAGCAGCGACGAAGUAUCCGACACUUCGGUCAAUAAUACUCCCAUAAACAGUACCGCAACGUACACUAACAAGUCAACGUCGAAACCAAAAACCCACUAACAAGACACAUGCUAUAUAGGUUAUUAUUUAAAACAUUGAUUCCAAGGCAGAAAAUUCAUCCGGACGUCCAGCCAGGUGCUAAUCUUUCUUCCUACAAGUAUAAUAAAAUGUCAAAUGUGACUUUAAUCUUAUAAUUCGAGACGCUAACGUUAACAUAACUGUUUAUCUCUCAUAAAAUUAAAAUAUAUACUUUCUCCCAUUUCCCUUUCAUUAGUAUUUCCCCUCAAAACAAUCCAAUGCUUUGACAAAUCUGCCUUUGUCACACGUUUCUCACAAUCAGUCUCAAAUAUAUUUGCGUUUAUAAAUGCAUUAUACAUAUAUAUAUAUAAAGGACAACGAAAGAAGGAACAAACAAGUACGGACAAACCUUGAAAUAUCAACACGUAUUCGUACCGCUAAUUUAAGUAACUUUUCCUUAUUUAAGAAUUUAAUUAUAAAAGUAUACACAUUUCCUUUCGAACGAAUUCUUAAUGCUUAGUUAAGAUAAGAAUGGACCAAAGCCGCCAAGACGUUCGGUGACUUCGCCUCCGCUGAGUCUCUCCGAGUCUAAUAUCGCGUACGUACUUUGAAAAUAAUGUAUUUAUUUUCGUAUAUACUUUGUGAGCAUCAGUCAGUUAUCAGAUAAGCAUAAGAAGAAUUCUCGAAUAAUAAAUUUCUAUCGAUUAAUCACACACGAUUCUCUCUUAUUCCAUCUCUCGAUGCAAAACUCGAGCGAUCAAUUAAACUGUGCGCUAGUGCAUGAUUCACAAAUUGCGACAAUAUAAUUUUAAGCUUAGGCGCAUCGCAAUAUAUUCCGCGAUAUCUAUAUCGCUUGAAAAUUAACCCCAAAAAAAGGCAACUUUUAUAUAUAUAUAUAUAAGAUUAACGAAUAAAUGUUACGUAAAUUGUACGUUGUGUACUUACGCACGAGUCUUCACGAAUCAUCCGUAUUAAUUAUUCUUACGUAAUACUAGCACUCGCAAUCGUCCUCGUGUAUCUCCAAUAAAAUUUUCCUGCUGAUUCUCGGA